AUGAACGGUUUAGGUGUGCUAAUUGUGCUGGCUUGUGCUGUCGUGGGAUGUUUGUCCUACCGCGAUUAUCGCAUCCCGAUCAAGGGACGGCGGGGGUCAACCUACUAUGCCACCAGACCUCAAAAGAUUGUGGGCGAUCGUCACCGGAACUACAAGCGUGGUGUGAACAAGACCCAUCCCUUCGAACUUGGAAUUGGGGUUUACUAUCAGAUGGAUAUCAUGUUGAAGCCGGAAACUGAUCAGAAUGCUCUGGUUAGUACUAACAACCCGAAUCUCAGAUGGCCAAACGCUAUUGUUCCUUAUAGGAUAACGGGAAAUUUCACUACUGCCCAAGUCAGCAUCAUUCAGCAGGCAAUGACUCAGUAUGCUGAAAGAACGUGUGUUAGGUUUGUGCCUUAUACUACGGAGAGCACUUUUGUCACCAUUGGCAACAGCGGUACCGGAUGUUGGUCCUACGUAGGACGUAGUUUGAACAACAGCUACAAUCAGGUGAAUCUACAGGUUCCCAGCUGCAUGACUACGGGAACCGUUGCUCAUGAGCUGAUGCACGCUCUUGGUUUCAAGCACGAGUUUUCUCGCCCGGAUCGUGACGAUUGGGUCAGCAUCGACAUGGGAGCACUUGCACCGGAAUAUCAAACAACUGAUUUCUUCAAUUCCAAUUUUGGUAAAAUGGCUCCUGCACAGGUUGAGUUGUACGGAAUUCCAUACUACUACGGAAGCGUUAUGCACUACUCCAAAUGGGGUGGAGCCGUCAGCUACAGCAGACCAGUGAUGAACAAUCUGAAACCUUGGGCCGCAGAAGAUUUUGGCAACGAAGUUGAGCUGACACCACCAGAUGUACUGGCAAUUAACUAUACGUACUGCAAUGGGACAACACUUCCUACUACAACAACGGCGGCACCAACAACAACAACAACGAAAGCUCCCACUACAACCACAACUACAACCGCUGCUACCACGACAACGACGAAAGCUCCAACAACAACCACAACUACCACCGCUGCUACCACAACAACGACGAAGGCUCCUACAACGACUACCACUACAACCACAACAACUACGAAAGCUCCCACUACCACUACUACUGCUGCUACCACAACAACGACGAAAGCUCCCACGACGACUACCACGACUACUACGACAACGACGAAGGCUCCAACAACGACCACGACAACGACGAAAGCUCCUACGACGACUACUACGGCUGCUACCACGACAACGACGAAAGCUCCUACGACCACAACAACUACUACGAAAGCUCCAACAACGACCACGACAACUGCCACAAAAGCGCCAACGACAACGACGAAAGCUCCCGGAGGUGGUACAUUACUGCAACGACUUUUGGAACUUUUGCGAAAACUGUUGGCGUUAUAUUCACGCCAAGGAUAGAACGGGUGUAGUUCACAGCUGUUUACUUAGGUUUAUAUUGAGGUGUCUGUUAAAUUUUCCAAAUAGUUUGCAUAAAAGUUCAAUAAAUGUCUAACGAGUUUAUGAAUAGAA